AAAAUUAAAAUCACAAAAUUCCCAAAACACUCUCUUCUUCCAGUGCCCGUCCAGCAUGCUUAUGGCCUCCCACCACAACUCCGCCGCCUUCCCCCGCCUCACCGACGAGCAGGAAGGUGUCGUUAUUGUCGACGCCCUCACCCAAGUCGUCUCCGGCGCUGCAGCCGCCGGCCUCGAAUUCCGACACGACCACUUCCUCCGCCUUCUUCACCCACCUUCCACUAACAACACCACCACCAUCUUUCCACCCUCUUCUGAUUUUGACACGUGUCACAUCUGUAGAAUCAGCGGCUGUUUGGGCUGCAACUUCUUCUCAACCCCCUACUCCCACCAGCCCACCACCACUACCACCGAUAAAAACAACAACAACUCCGGCCGCCGUAUCAGACGAUUGAAGAAGAAUUACAGAGGUGUCCGGCAACGUCCAUGGGGCAAAUGGGCCGCCGAAAUUCGCGACCCGAAACGCGCCGCCCGAGUCUGGCUUGGCACCUUCAAUACUGCUGAGGAAGCCGCACGUGCCUACGAUGAAGCCGCCAUUAAGUUCCGAGGCCCACGUGCCAGACUCAACUUCCCCUCCUCUGACAAUUCCUUAACGACAUUCAAUUAUUCUCCCCCGGCAGCCUCCACUACUACCUCCACCUCCGCCACAGUCACCGCCACUUCUAAUUUCAACCGAAAUGAAGCAGCUGUAGCACCGAGGACACCGUCAUCAAUGAUGAAGAUUCAAAACAACGUCGUUUUGGCUGAAAUAUUCGAAGACGACGACGACAUUAAGAGUUUGAUUAUGGAUUUCGCCGGUCAAUCUCGGAGCCGGUUAAAUCAAAAUUAAAUUUAAAUAUUGUGAAAAUUCUUUCAACUAUUUUUUAAAUUAGGGAAAGAAUUCAUUUUUUGGUCAAAUUAUUUGUUUAGAAAUUCUAAAAUAGUCAAAUCCAAAUGGAAUAAAAGAAAUAAAAAUUACAUUUGGUU